UUGACCGGUAUAAUCAAGGGCCUGGGUGAAGCGUGACUUGAAGGCCGGAACAAACGGAAACGCGAAGCCAGCAGCGAAACCGAGAAAGAAAAGAACGCUGAGAACAACAACGAAGAAGGAGACUACAAGGAAGCAGAGGGCGAAGAUGCAGAAGAAGGAAUCAUUGACGGUUUUAUGGGAUCAACGGCUGGGAAUAUAUUUAUUUAUCUGCAGUGGGUUCUUCAGUCUGGGUGGAGGAUCAGACACGUACACAUAUAUCCGAUGGGCGUUCGGUAUGCUUGCAGUCUUUGAAACAACUUUCAUACUCAUCCUGUUCUUUCAAAAACUCCAUGAGUUGUGUCUCACGGGUAGAAGUUGCAGAGCACGUGUUGGUCAAGCGAAGCAAGCAAGGCAGGUAAAGUCACAAUGCUUCUCGGACGUAGUAAAUUGUCCACAGAGCUGCCGUGAAUAAGAAACUCGGUGAGCAAUCUGAGACUUCCAAACAAGGCAGCUAAAGGGGGAUGGUGAGGAAAACUCAGACUGCAA